AUAUUCUGUCAUCAGCAAUCCAUCAGAGUAACAUUAAGUACUUUUCACUCCUCUCGAUCAUCAGCAGUUGAUAACAAAACAAGAUGUACGGAAUACAAUUGAAAAGCUAUCUGCACCUUGCUCUGCUUUGCGCCACUAUCACCUUGAGCUGGUGCGGAUCCGACUACACUCCGGCGGCCAGUUACGUAGUCACCGGAGAUACUUCCCCACCAGGCGACGGUUACACACUGAAACAAAUAGUCAACUACGAGUACGCCAUCGACGACUAUUACGGUAACAAACAAUCCAAGAAGGAAACCAUCAAUGGAGUUGAAUACACGGCAGUAGGAGAGUACAAAACUCUUCUUCCGGAUGGCAAGACCCAGGUGGUCACUUACGAAUCGGGACCUUACGGUCAUCUGGCUAACGUGUCUUACGAGAAGGGCGAGACCUAUGCUCCGGUACCAUCUUACACUCCGGCGCCACCCGCUCCAAUCUACACUACAGAGGCUCCAGUUUAUACUACAACUACACCAGCUUACACCACAGAGUAUACCACCACUACACCCGUUUCCACGACCGAGUACACUACCACUACUCCGGUCUACACAACAACUACCCCCGUCUACACUACUACUACACCCGUUUAUACGACCGAGUACACUACAACUACACCGGCUUACAAUACCACUACACCAGUUUACACUACCACUACACCGGUUUACACUACUACUACACCCGUUUACACUACUACUACACCCAUUUAUACGACCGAGUACACUACCACUACACCGGCUUACACUACCACUACACCGGCUUACACUACCACAACACCAGUUUACACUACUACUACACCCGUCUACACCACUACUACACCGGUUUACACUACAGAGUAUACUACCACUACACCAGCUACUACUACACCGGUUUACACUACUCCGGCUCCCGUUUAUACUACUACUCCUGCUCCAUACAGCCCACCUGCUUACAGCCCACCAGCGUACAGCCCACCAGCUUACACUCCCCCGGCGUACACUCCUCCGGCCUACACUCCUCCGGCUUACACUCCACCGGCUUACAGCACACCGGCUCCUUACAAGGCACCACUCAAAGCACCAUACGUACACACGAAAACGUCGGUUCACUACGUAAAAGUACCUUACGUCGCUCCAGCUCCGGCUCCUUAUUACGCACCAGCUCCUAGCUACGAAACUACCACUUAUGCUCCUUCUACCUAUGCCCCUACCACUUAUGCCCCUACCACUUAUGCACCUACCUAUGCCCCAGCUCCUGCUUACGCUGCACCAACUUACAGCGCUCCCGCUCCUUCAUAUCCUGCAUAUCCCCCCUACGCCAUUUCGUCUUACCCUGCUCCCGUUCCUCAAUACCCUGCUCCGACUGCUCCAGUUAAAUCCAUUAUGCAUUAUCCACAAUUCCAUCCAUCUAUGGAUGUGGCUCCGACACCCAUGAUGUCCGGCUACGGUAGACGAUAGACCCAACUCCGGUCGUUUUUCGUUCGGUCAAUAUGUUGAUGCAAAAUAGAAAAUACAUUUCAUUCAAAUUCUGAA